AUGAAAUGCUUGAAGGAUCUAAGUGUGAGUCGAAAGGAGUUGCAGGAUUGGCAACGCAACUUGGUUUGGGGAAGAGAUGGGACAUUGUACAUUACAAGCUAUCCAGACAUGUGUAUUGGACAACCUAUAUAUGAAAAAGAGGUGGAUGGAAACAGCAAGAACCUAUUCCAUGUUAAGGAUUGUGCUUUAGAAUACGAGAAUAAGUUUGAGUACGAGAGUGCGAGCACAAAUUCCUUGUUAAAUUCUCAGCCAAUAUCGUAUGGAAGACUUAUUCGACCCUCACCUGUGAACAAUUUACUAGCUGUUCUUACUAGUAAUCUCAAUGUAAUUAUAUUUCGUGGACAGGAAAUGGUUGUAAAUUUAGAUGAGGAAGCCAGGAACGUUUCAGAAAGAUCUUACCACAGCCUCGCAUGGGCUCCAGAUGGAAGUUACAUCGCUGUAGGGAACGAAACAGCAGAAAUAAUUGUGUUCGCGAUCAAAAGUGAUGAUGAUGGGAAUAUGACAUGCACUGUCAAAGCUAAUAUAUGCCUCAAAGAAUCAAAAGAAGGAUGGGUUACGGACAUUCAUUGGAAAAAAAGUGUGAUCGCGGCCUGUUUAGAUGAUAACUCAAUAUUCGUAUCGAAUAUAGGUCAGAACUUUUUUGUUCAGCAAAUAGAAACAUCAUCAAGAUUUAAAAUUACUGAUUUGUGCUUAUUUGGGGACUAUGUAUUGGUUACAAACUCUUGCCAAUUCAAAAAAAUCGAUUUGCGUUUGGGCGGUAUUUCAAGUAUUUCACUUGGAAUUGGUGAUGAGUUUUAUAUCAUUCCAUUAUCGGAAGAUACUGACACAGUAAUUUUGAUAUCGAAUAAAACAAGUUGCAAAAUUGAUUUCAAAGAAAAGUUAAGCCUGACAUCCGAUGACACCAUAUCACCUAUUUUAGAGCGAAAAUUCAAAAAAUGGAGCGCUCUUAGUAACGAAUUUAACAAGUACGAAACAACAAUGCUUCUUUAUGGAUUAUCACUAUCACCCGAUGGCUAUUCAGUUGCUUUGAUGUAUUCCAUGGAGAGAGUCUCGUUAAAAUACAGAAUUGCAUCGGAAUAUCAAUUCUUCGUUACUUUUGUACCCUUGAGUGAUUCAUGGGAAAUAUCUCAAAAUGCAAGUGGUUUGGCAUGGUACCAAACUUAUCAAAUAUACGGAUGUACGUUGCCUUCAAUGAAAAGGGAAAAUAAUGGGGAGAUUAAUUAUAAUGUGGGGAUGCCGCUACGAAAAUAUGUGGCCUCAUUUAUGAAUGAUGGCAAAAUGAACAGUCUGCGGUUUUUCAAUUUUAUCGAGGACGUUGCAUCAAUUCAACUGUUUCGAAGAGCAAUAUUCGAUUAUGCUGUUGAAAACAGCACAAAAAUUACAAAUUUAUUAGAUAAAGCCUUUGUACACUCGCUAGCAGUGCUGCUAGAGCUGGAAAGCCCUGUUGACGCGGAAGUCGUAGAAAUGAAAAGUGAAUUCAUUUCGGAGACCUUUGCUUUCGAGAAAAAAAAUGGCCAUCCGAAUUCUAUAGUUUCAGAACAAGGUCACCACUGGAGAAGAUGUGCAGUCACACUACUACCUAUACUGACAACCAAGGUAAAAAUUUGCUCUAUAAGUAACCAAAGAAUAAUAGAUAUUAAAAGAGACAACUUAAAUGAUUAUGGUUGGCUCACGAGAACUUUAUUGGAAAUGCUUAAUGAAGAAAGUAUAUACAGUGGUACCAUCAUGACCACUGUUUAA